AUGAGACCCCGCAGGGACCCCCGGGAGCGAUGGGGGGCGCAGAGGGACCCCCGGAGAGGCAUCAAGUACAAGAAGACGGAUUUCUUCAUCGACGUCAUUGAGUCUGGGAACCUGCUGGUGAGCGCCACUGGCAGUGUGCUGCUCAGCGAGGUGGUGGGCACCAUCAAGCUGAAGGUGUUUCUCUCGGGGAUGCCUGAGCUGCGCUUGGGCUUGAACGACCGCGUCCUCUUCGAGCUGACCGGACGGGGCAAGAACAAGUCAGUGGAGCUGGAGGACGUCAAGUUCCACCAGUGCGUGCGGCUCUCGCGCUUUGACAACGAUCGCACCAUCUCCUUCAUCCCCCCUGACGGCGACUUUGAGCUCAUGUCCUACCGCCUCAACACCCAGGUGAAGCCACUCAUCUGGAUCGAGUCAGUCAUUGAGAAGUUCUCGCACAGCCGAGUGGAGAUCAUGGUUAAGGCCAAGGGGCAGUUCAAGAAGCAGUCAGUGGCCAACGGGGUGGAGAUCGCGGUGCCCGUGCCCAGCGACGCCGACUCGCCCAAGUUCAAGACCAGCGUGGGCUCUGCCAAGUACCUCCCAGAGAAGAACGUCGUCAUCUGGACCAUCAAGUCCUUCCCGGGUGGGAAGGAGCACCUCAUGCGCGCCCACUUCGGACUCCCCAGCGUGGAGAAGGAGGAGGACGAGGGGCGGCCGCCCAUCUCCGUCCGCUUCGAGAUCCCCUACUUCACCGUCUCGGGCAUCCAG